UAAGAAGUCCAGUUUAACUCUACAUGAGAAUAGAGAGGAGAGAGCAGGAUUUAAAUCUUCAACGACUUUAUUCAAAACGUGAAAAGAAUUAAAUGGUCUGUGGUAUAGAUCUUCGUACUCGUACAUGUGCAAGUGUUUGUAGAAAGAAUUUAAACUUAAGUCAGUGUGGUCCUUCCUUCCUGUUCAUUGGUUGGUCUGCUUGUUGGGCCAUUCUUCAUUUGCUCGGACUCGGGCUUCAGCCGUACUUCCAUAAGGACGUCGAGCUCGAUCUCAAAUGGUUUUCCUACCUUACCUAUUGGGGAUAUACCACCUUGGGAAUCUUCACUUUAUGGGAUUGUGUAACAUCUGUCUAUGUCCAUAUACGACGAAGGGAUAUCAUCAAAAGUGAGUGCACAGUGAUGCCUUGGUAUUUGAAGGCCGCUUGGGUCCAGUUUAACAUCAAUACGCCCGUGGCCCUUGUUAUCACCAUCCUUUUUUACCUUUUUAUACCAAAUGAUACCAGUCCAAACAGUAUUUUGGUUCAUGCCAUGAACACGGUUUACGUCAGUGCCAACGUCAUCAUCUGCGCGAAACCGAUGCGCGUUCUACAUUUAGUUCAUCCAUUUAUUUAUGGCUUCGUGUAUCUUAUUUUCUCCGUCAUUUACCAAAAAACUACAAACAACGUCGUGUAUGUGCAGCUGGACUGGGAAAACAUGCCUCAGACAGCUUUAUUCAUGUUGGGAGUUCUUUUUCUCAUCCUUCCGCUGCUUUAUCUUAUGUGCUUAGUUGUGACUAGGACUCGAACACUGGUCCACAAAAAGCUCUGUGGAAAGAGAGCGACCGUUUCACCAAUGGAAAUAGAAGAAAACCCCAGUGAUGAAUGUGAAUCUAUUAAAGAAAACAAGAGUGAAACUGCUUAAAAAAAUAUAAGUAUAUUUUAACCGCUGGAGAAAAGGUGUAGAAGAUUCAAAUCAUUAAAAUACAAAGGUU